AUGCGGACAGCAACUCACCUGUUUCCCCUUGGCACUGGCAUUAACUCAGCAACAACAGCACAAUCGCGACUCUGUUCUUCAGCCACAUGGUACCCAAACGCAACGACGAUUCCACUUCCAAAUGGAUCUUGGCCGACCGGCAUUGCUUCUGACAGUCAACAAAAUUUAAUUGUUUACGACCAAAUUAGCUAUGGUCUUCAGAAAUAUUUUACAAACGGUUCAUCUUUGACACUGUCGACAGGAUGGUUUGCAGGUGAUUUGUUCAUCGAUCGAUACGAUAAUAUUUAUUUUAGUGACCACUAUAAUAAUUGGGUGUUAGUAUUGACUAAUACAACUGGUAAAGUAACCAUAGUAGCAGGCAACGGCGCUUCAGGAAGUGACCCGAACGAAUUGCAGGUGUAUGCUCCAUCGGGCAUUUAUGUUGACAGAACUGCUUCGGUAUAUAUUGCUGAUACUUUCAAUCAACGAGUUGUAAAAUGGCUGGCAGGUGCACAAGAGGGAAUCGUUGUUGCAGGAGGAAACCGUCUGGGAAGUGCAGCAAAUCAAUUCAGUUUUCCCCAAGGUCUGUUUGUUGAUGAAGUAAAUGACGGGGGAAUUUAUGUGUGUGACAGCACUAACGAAAGAAUUCAAAAGUGGCUACCAGGAGCAUCAAUAGGUAUAACUGUUGCCGGUGGAAAUAGUUGGGGUUCAAAUUUAAAUCAAUUGAAUGGUCCCUCCUCAAUCUUUGUUGACACAAACACUAGAAUUAUGUAUAUAACGGAUCAGGCAAACAAUAGAAUUGUAGGAUGGUUGUUAGGCGCUAGUUCCGGGAUAGUUAUUGCCGGAGGAAAUGGUCAGGGAAAUGGAGCGAAUCAACUUUCAUCUCCAAAUCAAUUUGCUUUUGAUUCAAACAGGAAUUUAUAUGUGGUUGAUCAGGGUAACCAGAGAAUACAGAAAUUUGCUUUCAAUGCAUCGUCAUGUACCAAUUAUAACGACUGA